AUGUUCCGAACUUCAGAAUUAACCAAGACUGAAUCUCUUGUGAUGGAAUUGAUUGAACGGCUGCCUGUAUUCUUGCAGAGCUCCGAGCAGCAGAGCUUCCGAAAAGGCAUGGAUCUCGCCCCUGUGGUGGAUUCACAAUAA